AGCUUCUCUGUUUGUGUCGCCAGGUCCACUGCAGCCAAGAUGAUGUAUGGCGCGCCGUCCGCCACGCAGCUGGCCACAGCCAAGACGCAGAAGAUCGCCGACGAGAUGAAAUCCCAGCUUGAAGAGAAAGAAAAUCAGAAGUUCUCCGUCUUUAAAGCCAUAUCCUUCAGGCGGCAGGCGGUGGCUGGCAUUAACUUCUUUAUCAAGGUGGGCACUGAGGGGUUGAUGUUUGUGCACUUGAGAGUAUUCAAAGCCCUCCCUCAUGAAAACAAGCCCCUGAUCUUGUCUUCCUACCAGACCAACAAAGAACAACAAGACGAGCUGAGCUUCUUCUGA